UUGUGUCGGACGAGCGACUUUGCACAGGGGGCAACAACAACAACAACAACAACAACAACGAGGAGGAUGGGUGAACGGUUUGAGGUCAAGUACCGUGGGUUUGUGUACAUCGACCAGCCCAGCGGGGGGCUUCCUGAUCGAAAGUCGAUGGAAAAGGCGGCCAAACUGUUGAAGAGCCACAAGAAAACGGCCCAGAACAUCCACCCGCUCUUUGCGCGUGGCCUGGACACCAAACUCAACCUCGAGGUGACAACUGGUGGCAUCAAGGUGACUGUGCCGAAGAAGGACGGGCCAUGUCCCAUUGUCAUGAACCAACCCAUGCACAAGAUUGCGUACGUCGUGGACAUUGGAACGUGCACGUGCUUCAUCGUGCAGCGGCCAGGCAAAGGCAAAUACAAGUGCCACUCGUUCGAAACAGGCAGCUCCAAAACGGCGCACGAGCUGGCGUUUGAGGCAGCAAACAUGUGCAACCAGGUGUUCAAGAAGGUGCGGCAGUCUGUGCGGCGGCUUCGCAAGACAACCAAGAAGCUUGGUGUUGACCUGGACGCCAAGACCACAAAGGAUCUUUCCGCCAUCAGCCAACUCGCACAACAGAGCGAAGAGACUGCGAGCCAGUUCAAGGACGCUGUGCAAGAUGCAGCGGCAGAGGAUGGUGACAGCAGCAAUCGCGGUGACACCAACGACAAUGAUGAUGACGACGAUAAUGUUGAUGAUGAUGAUGAGCAUAUGGCCGUUGGCCCUGAGGUUGUGGAGCCGGAGUGGGACGAGAGCGGGGAGUACCUGACGGUUGACUUUAUUGACGGCAUGAGUGAUCAAUUGGCGGAAAUGCUCGUUGGACCAGCAGCGCACGACGACGGCCUCGACUGGGUGGAUGACUUCUCGCUCGACAAUGACAUGUUCUUGUUCGGCGAAGUCGUUGGAGAAGCCGUUUGCUAGCAUUGACCUGUUGUUGUUGUUGUUGUUGUUG